AUGGCACCAUCUCAACCCCUACCCAAAAAUUGGCCCUCUCAGAUCCCAUAUCUGAUAACCCCCACAUACUGCACAACAAUGACCCCUUCACAUCUGAAAACUCUCCGCACGCCAACUGCAGACUCGCUUCCCAUUCCCACUUCUCACACGAAAGGCCCCUCAUCCCUCGUCAAAAUUACGCCCAUCAAUGACCCUUCUCAUCCCGCCAAUGGCCAGAGUGGAUUGUUCGCUAUGAGAGACUUGAAACCUGGAACUUUCAUUUUGCAGUACAUCGGUGAAGUGCAUGCACCGAGUUCUUUGGCGGAUGAAAAGAUCAAGAGGCUGGUAGAAUGGCAUGAGAAGAGUGAUUAUGAUUUGAGUUUGGAUCGAGAGGGAGGUAUUGGGGUUGAUGCACAAGGAAAGGGGAAUGAAGCAAGGUUCAUUAACGAUUUCAGGGGGGUGACUAUUGGUGGGGAGAGGGCAAGGGUUAACGCUGAGUUUAAAGAGAUUUGGGAUAGUGGGAGGGGAGAGAGAGGUAUGGGGGUUUGGGUCCUAGGGGAGAAGGCUGGUGGAGGGAAGGGGAAGGGUGUGGGAAAGUGGAAGGGGAUUAAGAAGGGAGAGGAGAUUUUGGUUAGUUAUGGAAGAGGGUUUUGGGGAGCAAGAAGAGGAGAGGUGGAUUGGAUAGAGGCUGGGGAUGAGACAUUUGGAAACAACCUGAAGACUUGA